AAAAAGCGGUCCAGCGAGCCUCUGAUGCACCCUGGUUUACAAUCGGUAAGAAGGAAUUGGAAUCUGAAUUACUUUGUGAAGUAUUUAUCCCUGGAAAGAAAACACUGCCAAAAUGUCCUACCAUCGCUCCUCUUACCGUCGGAUGUUUGCGCCAGAAGGCACAUCUAGUGGGACCACGAUUACCAGGCAUCGUGUGUCCAAUGUUAGCAGGAUGCGUCCUUCGUCCAUCGGCAGCAGUAAGGCAUACACCAGUUACUCAAUGCCGGGCGCCAUCACCCGCUCUUCUAUGAUGAAGGUACGGAGUAGCUUACCUCCAUCAUCCAGACCCUUCGUGUCGGAGACCGUGAACUUCAAAGCGGCCAGCGCCCUCAACACCGAGUACAAGGCUACCCGGACAAACGAGAAGGCAGAGCUGCAGCACCUCAAUGACCGUUUCGCCUCCUACAUAGAGAAGGUGCGCAGUCUCGAGUCCCAGAAUAAGAUCCUGCUGGUGGAACUGGAGCAGCUGAGGGGCAAAGGACCGUCCCGGAUUUCGGACAUCUAUGAGCAAGAACUGAGAGAGUUGAGACUCCAGGUGGACCAGCUCACCAACGAUAAGGACAGGGUGGAAGUGGAGAGGGACAAUCUUGCAGAUGAUCUGCAGAGGCUCAAGGAAAAGUUGGAAAAUGAGAUACUCCAGCGUGAGGAAGCUGAAAGUAAUUUGCAAGCAUUUAGACAGGAUGUGGACAAUGCCUCAUUGGCACGGCUUGACCUUGAGCGCAAGGUUGAAAGCCUCAACGAACAAAUUAUCUUUUUGAACAAACUGCGUGAUGAAGAAGUCCGUGAACUGCAGGCAAAAAUUCAGGAACAGCAUGUCCAGGUUGACAUGGAUGUUUCUAAACCAGAUCUGAGUGCUGCUUUGAGAGAUGUCCGUUUGGAAAUGGAGAAUGUUGCUAAGAGGACUUCUCUUGAGGCUGAGGAAUGGUACAAGUCCAAGUGUGCCGAUCUGGCUGAAUCUGCUUCCCGUAACAGUGAUGCCCUGCGUCAGACAAAACAAGAAUCAAACGAAUACCGUCGACAGCUACAGUCACUAAACUGUGAAAUUGAUGCUCUUAAAGGAACUAAUGAAUCACUGGAGCGUCAAAUGCGUGAAAUGGAGGAGAACUUCAGCAUUGAAGCUGCUAACUACCAAGACACUAUUUCCAGUCUGGAGGAAGAAAUCCGUAACAUGAAGGAUGAGAUGGCACGUCACCUGCGUGAAUACCAGGACCUCCUUAAUGUCAAAAUGGCAUUGGAUAUUGAAAUUGCAACCUAUAGGAAGCUACUGGAAGGAGAAGAAACCAGAAUCAGUAUGCCUCUUCCAGGUUUCAGUACUAUGAGCAUCAAAAGUGAAACCAAUAUGGAGUCUCAGCCCAAGGAUUCUUACAGCAAGAAGACGGUUUUGAUUAGACGCAUUGAGACUCGAGAUGGAGAGGUAGUCAACCAAUCAGAGCAGGUCCAGGAUGCAGAAGACUUAGACUUUGAGUAAAGAAUGAAAAUAAGAAACAUGUAAUGGUCUUCUCACACCUUCAUCAGACAAGGAUAUGGAUUCCUUAACCAGCAAUGUCAGAGCAUCUUUAAAGGAUCUGAAAUGGGAGCAAGAGAAAGAAAAAUAACAGUUUCAAGUGCCUUUAUGCAGUUACUGUAUGUGGAAUGCGCGAGAAUUGUGCUAGACCGUAGGCUUUCUAGGUCUGCUUAAAACAAUGACUCUAGCAGAAAUUAGGAAAUAAGCAGUUUACAGUGAAACACUGUAUCUGAUAGCAAUAUCUUGCGCUUAACAUGUCAGUUUUGAUUACUGAAUUUCAAUAAACACACUUUUCCAGCUUA